GCAGCGUUCCGUGCUAUGGGGUCGUGGCAGCGUUUGCUUCGUCUUGGUGGGGUGUCGCUUCGGGGUGGCGGUGGGACCAAUGUCUCACUUGGGGGAAGCCGAGUGUUGGUUUGUCGGCGUCAGUAUUCUGGCGCUGACAAUGAGACCCUAAAACAAAGAAGAAGGCAAAUCCUGUCCCGAGGACUUCCAAAGCAGAAACCAAUACAAGGUGUAAAGCAAGUUAUAGUUGUGGCUUCUGGAAAAGGUGGAGUUGGAAAAUCUACUACAGCAGUGAACCUUGCACUUGCACUAGCAGCGAAUGAUUCGUCAAAGGCCAUUGGUUUACUAGAUGUGGAUGUGUAUGGCCCUUCAAUUCCAAAGAUGAUGAAUCUGAAAGGAAAUCCAGAAUUAUCACAGAACAACCUAAUGAGGCCUCUUUUGAAUUAUGGUAUUGCUUGUAUGUCUAUGGGCUUCCUGGUUGAAGAGACUGCGCCAGUUGUUUGGAGAGGCCUUAUGGUAAUGUCAGCUAUUGAGAAACUAUUGAGGCAGGUAGAUUGGGGUCAGCUGGACUAUUUAGUUGUUGACAUGCCGCCUGGAACUGGAGAUGUACAGUUAUCAGUCUCACAGAAUAUUCCCAUUUCAGGUGCUGUGAUUGUCUCCACACCCCAGGACAUCGCACUGAUGGAUGCACACAAGGGUGCUGAGAUGUUUCGUAAAGUCCAUGUGCCUGUUCUGGGCCUUGUCCAAAAUAUGAGUGUUUUCCAGUGUCCAAAAUGUAAACACAGAACUCAUAUUUUUGGUGCUGAUGGUGCCAGAAGACUAGCACGGACCCUUGGUCUUGAUGUUCUAGGAGACAUUCCCUUGCAUCUUAAUAUAAGGGAAACUUCAGAUACAGGCCAGCCGAUUGUGUUUUCACAGCCUGAAAGUGAUGAGGCCAAAGCUUACCUAAGGAUUGCCGCAGAAGUGGUAAAACGAUUGCCACCACCUCUAGAGUGAAUUCCCCAAGUGUUCUGGAAAUUGACCUGGUGCUUAACAAUAAGAAGACCUUUGGAAAUCAGCAGUGUGGUGAUGAAACCUACAGCAACAAUAGAACCAUGGUUAUUUUCUUGUAUUUCUGAGGAAAUAAUGUCUUAUUUUCAGAUUUGAUUUGCUAAGCAAUGACUCACAAGUAAAAUUUUUAUAUAUUGGUGUUAACUGCUACAUUUAGGAUUUUUCUUUUGAGUGCCGAUGUGUACCAACUGCACAGAACUGCGUAUUAUUUUAAUGAAUUACCCCUAGGGCUAUCAUAAGUUUAUAUUAUAAGCCCAACCUUCAAUUCAGGAAAGAACUGUGCUCUUUUUGUGGGACUACAGAGUUAGUCAUUUAAAGUAUUUACUGUGUACUGAUACAAGUGUGAUGACUCCAUCAGUCAGUUUGGUCUGAGUUUCAAUCUUGUCUUGGACUGUUGUGGACACAUUCUUAACGUAAAUUAACCUCUGCUUCAUCUGGACCAGGCUCUACCCUAGACUUACUGAAUAUCAUCUGCAGGGGUGAGGCCUGGAAGUUUAUAUUUUUAACAAGAUCAUAAUGACUUUAAUGAUUAUUAUUAUGAUGGCAAUAGUUAUAAUAGGUAACAUUUAUCAAGUGUUUUCAUGUGUCUUUACAGUUAGUCUUCCAUCUGUAUGAAUUGGGUACUGUUGUUACCUCCAUUUUAUAGAUGAGAAAACUGAGAUAUGGAAGUGUUAAGUGUUUUGCUGAAGGUUUCUGUUCUAGCACAUGAUGGAGCUGGAAUUUGAACUUGGAUCCUUCCUUUUUUAUACCAAAGAGUUUAUUUCAAAAGAGAAAUAUGGUAUUCAGCAUUUCCUCAAACUUACUGGACCAUGAAGGCUAUCUCCCUCCCCUUUUAGGAGCAUUUCAUGGAGUUCGUGUUUCAAAUGAUACACUUUGAAAAGCAUCUAUCUUAUCUAGUUGAGGCUCAGAGAUUUAGGGGAGCUUUCCA